GGGAUCGCCGUAGCUUGUUUCAAAUACGUUGGGCACCUUACUUGAGGUAACUAUCAUUCACUUGUAAUCCUUUUUCUUUUUAUAUUUCUAGUGUUUAUUACGUACAGUAUUCUUUGUUCACUUCAUCUCAUAAACGACAGUUUUAGAACCGACUUAUGAUUGGUGAUAAAGGGAGUUCCGUAAGGAAAAGGGGGAAAAAGACAAAGUUUCGUAUAUACCGUGGCGCUUCUGUAACCUGGCAGUAUUCUAGAACUGGAUUCAUCAUUUUCUUCGUUGACUACUAAAUCCUCUAGGUUUACCCCAGGUGGUGAAGUUUCCUUACCCUUACGAGAUGUCGUUUCUAUCAGUCAAAAAUACUUUCAGGUCUCAAACCAUGACCAAGGAUAAGCUCUUAAAGAGCGCACAUGGACUAGAUACGGCGUUAGACUGUGUCACUCACUUUGAAUCUCUUCAGGACAGAGGAGGAUACGACUGCCGCAAGCAGUUCCCAUACGAGUUGUAUAAAAAGGGGGUUCAGAAAAAGCUCAUAGGUAUAUGGAUGGCAGAUGCACCCAGUGUCCAUGUACUCGACGGCGUGGGCCACAACUAUUCAGCGAGUUAUGCCGGGAGUGAAUUCGCCAAGUCCCUCCGUGUGCGUAACCGCGAGAGUGCCGUCGUUCUCCGGGUGUACGUAAAGGAUCAGAAUGAAGCGCCGAAUGUGGUACUACUUCAGAUCCUUGGCUCGCUCAUCUGGAGUUUGAUUACUCUCGUGCCUGAUGAAUUUGGCACCUCGGAAGGCCUGCGUAAAAGAAAAUUUGAGACGUUCAUAGGUCGCGGACCUGGAAGCUUUGAUGCUGGCUUGGAAAUAAUUCAAUCAUUACCACUCCUUGAACUCAACGGCAAGAAGAUGCUCUGUAUCAUUGAUGGCUUGGAUCAUGCCGAGGAUGAGAGCACAUUGAGCCAAUUGAAACAAUUAGUUACUAUUCUUCGCGAUGUGAUGUCAAAGAAUCGCGCUCAUUUACUUUAUACACUUGGUAAGAGGAGUCAAGUAAUUCGGUAGUUAUAAUUGAUGAGAAUUGCCCUG